AUGGAGAACCGUCCAGAAUCUGAAGAAGAAACACAAAAUAACAAUCAAGAAAAUUCUAAUGAUGGUAGUCUUCUUCGUCGUCUUAAUUCGUCAGUUUUAGGUCUUCGUUCAACUACAAAAUCAUUUCAACGUGAUCCGGAAACCUUUCGUACAGCAUUUAUACAUUCUGCAGCUAUUAUAUUUGUUUUAGUAUGUGGUGCAUGUGGUUUACUUGCAUAUCGCAUAUUAGAACCAUUUCUUCGUUGUAUAUUAUGGUCAAUAUUAGCUGGUGCAUUUUUAUUUCCUUUUAAAAAUCAUUUAACAUUAAAAACUCGACAUUUUCUACGUCAAUUAGAUACAGAUUCGCAUUUAUUAUUUUAUGGUUUACUUAUUUUAUUACCAUUACGUACAUUAGAUAGAACAAUUGAUUCAAUUUUUCCAUUUAUUAAGAAAAAAUGGAAAGAAUUAUUGAUAAUAUUUAUUUUUUUAUUAUCAAUUGAAUGGAUUCAAACUGACGUUGUUUAUCAUUGGUUAAUAACAAUUGAAUAUGAUUUUAUUAAUAAACUUGGAUCAAUUGUUCAUGUAUUUGAUUCAUUAUGGAUGACAACAGUUGUUAUUGCUUAUUUAAUAGCUGUUUUAACUAUUUAUGAUAGUUCAUCAUUAAUUAGAAUUUUAUUAAAUAUAUUAGCUAUACCAAUUUGGUUUAUAUUAUUGAUUUAUCUUUCACAAUUUCUUCCAGUUAAUUAUAGAUUAAUUGUAGUUAUUUUAUCGAUUAUUUUAACAAUUGUUGGUUUUAUAGUAGAUUUUAGAGAAAGAAUUGAUCAAAAUAUUGUUCGUAAGUUUAGAUUUUUAUUUUAUUUAAAUAAAAAUAAUCUUAUUAUAACUUAUAAAGAUGUUUAUUUUUAUUUUUUUCUAAAUUCAAGAAAUAUAUAAUAUAAAAAAGAUCUCACGUGAAUAAUAUCACCUUUUUCUAACUAUCAAUAACAUAUUAAAAAGAAAUAAUUACUCAAAGCAUUAACAUGUCAUUCACAUACUUUCUUUUUAUAUUCAAUAUUUAUCAUUGUCAAGUUAUUUUCGAUUUUAUUCUGUCAUAUGUACAUAGUGAUGAGCAUGACUAAUCGUUUUUAGUCUCGAUCAAAAAAAAAAAGAA